ACUUUUUUUGGCUGGGGUGUAGAGAAAGUGAGCCCUAGGAAGCUGUCAUUCAGAUUAGAGAAGCACCGAGGAAGGGACGUGUGUGGACCAUCUUGUUCCUCUGGCUUGUUUCCUUCUGGAGCAGUGUAUUCUGUUUCAGACAUGUGUGACCUCAGAUUCAUCACGAUACAAGUUGAGCUGCUUUUUUGCUACCUCCUGCUGCACCCUGUGGAUGUCAUUUCAUAUGGAAACCAGACAAAUAUUCCCUCAUCCUUGAGAUCCUGGCCACCUUCCUCAGACCCCUUGUCCUGCCAGAUUCUGCUCCCAAAGUCCCUGCCUGGCUUCAUCCACAUGGCUCCUCUACCCAAGUUCCUGGUAGCCUUGCCACUGGUGAUAGCCCUGGAGAAAGCUGGUUGCCAGGCUGAUGUCUGGACCCUGCAACUUCAACUGUACCGCCAGGGGGGUGUAAAAGCUACACAGAAACUCAUCCAACAUCUUCAAGAGCUCCAGAAAAGCAGAAGCACAGGGAGGGCCGCUUCAGUGGAUGCCCUGGCCUCUGCUCUACAGCUGUUGGCCAGGGAGCAACCAGGCCCAGAAAGGACCCGACGCUCCCUCCCUACCAAUGACUGUGAGCCGGAGCAGGAGCACGGUGUGCACAAUAUAGUCAGGUUGUUUCCAGGAGUGGGAACCUACUACAAUCUCGGCACAGCUUUGUAUUAUGCUGCUCUGAACUGUUCAGAGAAGGCCAAGGAACGAGGCCAAGAUGGGGUCAUAGAUAUGGGUUAUGACCUUCUGAUGACCAUGGCAGGAUUGUCUGGGGGACCCACAGGACUACUAAUCAGCGCUGCACUUAAACCCGCAGUGAAGGCUGGUAUUGAACAGUUGAUCCAGUAUUACUAUGGGAAAGAGGCAAACACCGCUCUGCCAGAGAUCAGCAUGGAGGACUGGGGGGGCACCUAAGAUGUGAGUGACCUGGAAGAAACAACUACCAUGGCCCUUUGGUGUUAGUUCACCUCCCUGAUUAGUUCAGGGCAUAUAUAAUGGCUAUGACUUAGAUCCUGGGAAUGGCAGUCUUGGGAUAUAAAAGGUGGUGAUCACAGAAUGAAUAAAUCUAAUAUUUUGACAAGC